GGGCUGCUGUGGUGUUCUGGCUCUCGCAUGUGCUUUAUACGGUUCUUCUGUGUAACUCUGCUCUCUGUGCAGCUGCCCCCGACAGUUCCUUGUCCCUUUCCUAACCCACCACUUGUGGUUGCAGAGCACCGGAAACAUGAGUUGUUAAGACCUUGGCCAACAGAGUUCUAAGGGCCAGCUCUGGGCAGAGGACAGCUCCAUCCUCCUUACCAAGGGCUCUUCCAACAGGGGCGUUUCAUUUUGAAUCUGGGAAGUGAGCUACUCUGCCUCAAGAACAAUUUCUCAUGGAGCCAGAAGCCUUAGAAAUUUGCCCUUACAACCCGCACCACCGAGUCCCACUCAGCAGAUUUCAGUACCACCUGGCAUCCUGCAGGAGAAAGAACCCCAAGAAAGCCAAAAAGAUGGCCAGCUGCAAAUACAACGCCUGCCACGUGGUCCCCAUCAAAAAGCUGGAGGAGCACGAGGCUGUCUGUGUCAGCAGAAGCACAAUGGAGGAAGAGGACAGCCUGUGCCCCCUGAAAGUUAGCCUUCCAAGUUCAGAGCAGAGUGGAAAUAUCCCUCCAGAGCACCCCUGGCUCCCCAGUUCUGACGUCUGGAAUGUCGACAGCACUAACUGCCAUCCCACGUUUGUCCUUAAAACUUUUGUUCCCCAAAAGCUUGUUUGCGAAAGUGACAUAAGAGAGCCAGAGAGAGAGAGAGGCCCAUUCCCCAAGACUGACCACCCCCAGAAGACUCUCAGACCAGGAGGAUAAACCACCAGCAGCAGAAAGCAGCGCUUGCCUCUUAAAUGCCGGAAAGGAGAUGCAAUUCCCCAGAAUAAAAGUGCGAAGUGAGCCACCUG